ACUUGAAAGUGUUUUGAAUCAAUCCUGCGGUUUCUAUUUGGGCUGUCUUUUCUUUCUUUUGUUUUUUGGAGUAAAUGAAGAAAAAGCUUAGUUUGCUUCGAUUUGGAAAGUUUCUUUCAGGCAGAGAGUCCAUGCCUGAUAAUCCCAAUUUCCCUGUCAACCUUGACGUUCGCGAGGAGUACGCCAACGCCUUUCGAACAGAAUCCUACAUUGAGUUCUGGACACGUGUACUCGAUUUGACACACGGAGAUGCUGCCACGUCAAUACCGAUGGAAUCCACCACCGCAGCUGCGAGGCUCCCCUCCUACAGGCUCUUCGCCGAGCACCUCUUAGACCCCGACCAACCAGCCGUCACCAAAAUCCUCGCCCUGUCUCAACCCCAAAACCACUCGGAAAAUCACUCUCUCCUCACCAACUACUUCUCCGAGACCGCCAACGCAUCUCUCCUCUGCGGUCUUCUACUCAAGGACAUUGACCAAACUCGUACCAGAUACCAUCCUCUCAAAACCACCAUCGAGUCCCUUGAUACCACCAAGUGUUUUCCGGUACUCUUGGAUCGGCUGGCCGAGUUCUCCAAUUCACUCAACCCGUUUGACUCGUCGGCCUCGUCGCCCCGCCGGGUUCAAGCCGUCCAAGCCAGCUGCAACGAGUUGCUAAAGCAGCUCGAGUUGAGACGCGAGAAGGCCCGCGCCCAGCUCCAGCUCGUCAACGGACUUAAACGCGGCUCGGCUAUCUUUCUGGUGGUGUUAACAGCGUCCGUAGUCAUAAUCGCAGCGACACAUGCUUUUGCAAUGUUGGUUGCAGUUCCGGGCUUCGUAACGGCUUCGCUGAAGCUGGCGUCGACGAGGAGGUUGGCCAGGAUGUCAGCUCAGCUGGAUGCGGCGGCUAAAGGGACGUAUAUACUGAAUAGGGAUUUGGAAACCAUAAGCCGGCUGGUGGCUCGGCUGGACGGUGAAUUGGAGCACGUACACGCAAUGGUGAGGUUCUGGCUGGAGCGACGGGAUGAUCAGAUCCAUGCAAUCCGGGAAGUGGCGCGCCAGCUGAGGAAGAACAACUCCAGCUUUAGUGAACAGUUAGAUGAGUUAGAGGAGCACCUUUACCUCUGCUUCAUGACCAUUAAUAGAGCUAGAAGCCUUGUGGUCAAGGAGGUUUUGGAGUUGAGUAAAGCUUGACUUUGCCAAAUGCCAAGCUAUCUCCUUUAUUUUAAGGAUUUAUCUCUUUUUUUUUUUUACAUUUAAAAAUUCAGGAUUUCUUUG